AUGCUCUUGACUAUGAAUGGUAUGGAAGUUCAACAAGCAAAGAUUGUGGAAGUGAAAAGUCUCGUAUAUCGGAUUGUGAACGACAAAAAGAAUUACACCAAAGAUGAGCGCAUUGCUGCAUGCGAACAACUUCAACAAACUUUAACUCAUGCUAAUGAUGUUGCUAAUAUUGGAUAUGAUUGGAAAAAAUUGGUCGAAGAUUUAUUGUAUUGCAUUAAAACUCGUCAGCAGAUCGAAUUGAAACGUUGUAUUUCUGAUUGCCUUGGAUCUUUGGGUUGCAUUAUGUUUUCGCAGUAUAAUGAAUAUCUAAAACUGAUGCUGAAUGAAGCGAAACUUAUUCCUGACAAAUAUGAAGAUGACAGAGCGCUAGUAUUGAAAGCUAUUUUUUCGUCAUUGAAUUUGAUUGGAACUUUUGCGUGGCAGUCCCGUAUCAGGCCUCAGGAUAUCGAUUCACUUAUGAUUGCAAUCAAGAACUGGCUUGAAGUGAACGAUUCUUCUGUCGUUCUCAUAUCAUUAUUGGAUACCUGUUUAGCAGUUUCCAAAUAUUUCCCUGCAGUAUUUAAACACAGCUUUGAUGAUGUGGUCGAUUUCACGGUGGGCUGGUACAUUGAACCAGAACAACCGAUUGCAGUUUUAGAUAAAUGCUAUCAGAUGCUUAUUGAGCUGCGUCCCUACUGGCAUAGUGCUGUACCGUCUGCAGUAACGCUUAUGAAACAAUUCCUUGAUGAUGCAAGUGCAUAUAUUGAGGAUAUCAAAGUGAAUGAAGCGAAACCAGAAAAUAUGCUCUCAAAAACAGCCGCUAUAUUGCGGGCUUUAAUAACAAUGCUUGAAGUAAUGAAUAUUCCUGUCAAUUCACUUGUAGCAGAUUUUGCUGAGAAGGUUUUUGGGCGCAUUGUUAGACUAUUAACUCAUCUUGACAAUGUUUUUGUUGCCAAAAUUGGAUCUGUAUUUGGAUAUAUGGCUGAAGUUCUUUGUAUAACUUUAAAAACAUAUCCGAAGCUUGAUUUUUUGGUUAAUUCAAUGAAAGCUAUGAAAAUAAUGCUUGAACAUCCUUCCGUAAACGAAAAAACGAUGUUAAAGAUACUUGAAUGCAAUGGAAAGAUCAUUGAUAGCGUGACUCCGAAAAUGGUUGUGGAAAUUGUGGAUUAUGUUAUUGGUGACGGUGGACCUUUGAAUUAUGUUAUUAUAAGAUCGCAGGAAGUUAUGCAAGCAUAUGGCAAUGUUUUAGGAAAGCUUUUAGCACCGAAAAAUUUAUCGACAUUACAAGUAGCUUAUAAUCGAGUUCGGGAAGAUGUGCGAAGUUGCUUAAAUAUGUUGCAAGCAACUGAAGCAGAGGAGUAUUGCAGCAGUAGUCUGUUGAUAGAGAAAAAAUUGAUGAUAUAUUUCAAUGCACUCUACAGUCUUGGAAUCGUUAAAAAUUCACUUAUUGCUAUGAUGGGUCUUUCACCAAGUCUGUUCGCAUUUCUGAUGACAGAAACACCAAUCACGAAGAAAGAGUUUAUCAUUAAUUAUCCUGGCUGCCAUUAUGCUCUGCUUUACAUUGUCAAAAUGCAUAGUGAAAAACAUGAAAAUUUUGUUGCUAACAGUAGCUUGCUAAUUGAUAAGAACAGCUUGACACUUGUUGCCGAACCAGCAACAGCGAAACAUACUACUACGAUACUAAAUGUAGUAACUAAACUGCUUGCUAUCGAUGAUUUAUUGUGGACAGAUACGAGAAAUUUGCUUGUUGAUUGGAUUCAUGGCUUGGUUUUCUCGCUAACACCUGAUGUUCUGCAACACAUACUUGAUAAACCAGAAAUAAUCGAAAUGAGAACAGCAUUGCUGGAUUCAUUUGUGAGACACUCACUUCCAAAAAAAACACCGCUGGAUAAAAUUUUAUGUAAUUCAGAGGUUUUUGUUGUCCAUGGAUGUACAGCAGCAACAAGUCAUCGAGUUAGGCAUUUUACUUUACUUCGGCGACUAGCCGUUUUCAAUUUGGUCAAGAACGGAAAACCUGAAAUGACAAUGAAGUUUGUUAAACAUGUUUUUGAUCAGUGUCAUUCGGGGUGUCAAAAUAAAAUAACUGGUAUUUGGCAAGCUACUCCUCCAGUAAUCUUCAUUAGUAAUGGGUUGACUGAAUAUGCACAAGAUUUGAUGGAAUUUGGCCAGCAGAAAAUACCCGAAAGUUUGUUCACGCCAGAACAUUUCAAGAUUGUUGCUGACUUCUUGCUCAAUUCAGUUCUUCCAACAUAUUGCUUUAACAGCGUUGACGAUGGAAAUUGGAUAUUAGAUACAGCAGCAACGAUUUAUGCGGAUGCUAUGGGUGAUAUCAGUACAAAUAAUGACUGUAUAUCCAAAUGGAGAUGGAUUAUUGCACAAAUGGCUCAAUUUUGUGUAAAUAAUCGCUUGAAAACACCACUUGGCAAACCGUUGAGUACUUUCCUCGCUUUUGAAAACGAAAUACGACGGCUAGCAAGCAAUGCUCUUUCACGAAAACCACUGCCUGUGGGUAAAGUCGUUAAAGAUGAAAUAGUACAGAAAACAGUUACAAUGAGCGGAAGAGGUGUUGUUGAGGAUGAAGACGAAGCAGAGAUGGAACUAGAACGUGAAACACGUCAACUAACAACCUCGGAGCAGUGGUGGCGUGUUCGUGCCUUGUUAGACAUGAUUGAAAUGUUGGAUAAACUGAUGGCUUAUGUAUGUCACGGCGCAAUAUUCCAGUUGUCUACGGUUUCACAGUUAUCGCAGCAAUUUCUUACGACAAAUCAAGCCAGUUGUGCGAAUUGGCUUUCACGUUUAUGUCUGCCAAUGAUGGCUGUUGCAUAUACAAGCAAUAACUUUGCCCAAGUAAUACGUUUAGGAGGUUGUUCGUUGAGAGAUAUCGAAAAACGGGUUGAAGAGAAAGAGAGUAGGGAUAACAUUGAUGAAAAAGGGGAAAUAGAUUCCGUUACUCAUACAUGUAUUAUGUGGAUGGUAAAAGCACUGAUCGAUCUGGGUCGUCCACAAGCAAUAUUGGGUUUGUAUGCGUGGGUAAAGAAGAUUUAUGGCAAGCAGUAUGUCUGGAUAAAAUGCGCAGCUCAAAUGGCUGCUGGAAGAAUCGAGUCUGCCUUGAAUGGUUUGCAGGAAUGUCUGCGUAAUGGAAAUUUAUCUGAAAAUAUACAGAAAACUAUACGACAGCUAAUCAUCUUCGGCUUGGAAGCGCUUCGAAAUUCGGAAGAAAUUGAUAUAUUUUGGCGGGCGCUGUAUGGUGUUCUGGAUCCCAAAUCAGAUGAAAUACCGGAUGGUUUUGAAGAAAUUGCAUGGAAGAGGAUGAAAUCACUGACAACAUUCGACAAUUAUUUAAAGAAUGAAUCAUUUUUGUCAAUCCCUUGGGAUAUCCGAAAUAGUUUCAUUCAUACGGAGUUGAAAUUGAUGGACAUAGUUCAUGACCGAUUCCGAGAUUCUAAAGAUAACAAGAUUGAUGUCGUUGAUUUGACGCGACAGUUGAGUGAGGAUUCUAGGAUUUUGAUGCUAGCGGAUACUAGUUUGCAGACCUUUACACGUGCGAGCGCAUUGCAUUUACUGGCCACUGCUGUAAAAGAUAGUCGGAAACCUUAUCAUAAGCAAUCAGUUACCGCCAAUGUGGUUGAUCCAUCAUUCCUUUUCGAUUGGAAGAAUGGCCCACCAAUACAGCGCCUUAUGAUCGGUCAACAGUUGAGCAGCUGGUUACAGAAUACACAAACCAGAGAAAGUGGUGGAUGUUCAUCAUUGCGAGUAAUUUCCAAUGAAGCAGCUUAUCACCUCGAAAUGGCACGAUUAGCUCGGAAAACGAAAAAUUAUCGAUUGGCGGAAAAACAUAUAAAAAUACAUUAUAAUAAACGUCUUCCAACACUUGAUAGUUUUCAACUGAGUAUUUUACGUGGAAUGCAAGGAAAUUGGAUUAAUGGAGCGGCUGAUAAGGAAAACAACCUGACAAAUAAUUUAGUUGUGCAGCUGCCUAUGCAACAGCGAUUAUACAAUUUUGAAAAUCUUAUGUCCAGCUAUGGUUUUUCGAAAACGAUGUGGGCAAUAUCAGAAACGGCGGAUACCGAUUGUGCUCGCACUUUUUUACAAGGAAAAGCGUUCUCUUUGUUGAUGAGUGCUGUGGCUGAUGAAAUUGAUCGAUUGAUUUAUAAGAGUAAUUUGAUGUUCAAUGGUACACCAACUGUAGCUCCAGAUGCUCUCAUUACUGUUCUGACACAGCAACUUAACCACACUACCAUUGAAGAUUCAGCAGUAUUAUCAAUGGGACCGAAUAUUGGUGUGAGUAAUCAGCAGCAGCUAGAGCAAAGUAAGAUUUUAGCAAAAGCAAUCGUUCAGCUUGCGCGUUGGUUACAGAUGGAAUCCAGUUUAUUGCCAGUAGCUAUGGGCCAUUCGAUGCGUAUCGCUUUUCAUAUAUUUGGAGUUGAACAGUCCCAACUACCGCUGCUUGGUGCUUCUGGUAUCAUCGACUCACUUGCUGGUGCUCUCUUAAGUACUUCCUGUAAAUUAUCACCACAUUUGGCAAAAGCUCAUCUGGAACUGGGUAACUGGGCAUUUAAAAGGGUUACCAAUGCUGACAACGAAAUUAAGUUAUCUUUCAUCAGUGAAGAAUGUGAUACAGUGAAAUGGCAAAUCAAGAACGCGUGCACAUCAGUGGAAGAUUCGGUAAUAGAAAACCUGUUACAGACAGUGCAGAAGUCUACCAGUUUAACUUCAAUUUUAUCAGACUGCAAGGCUAUUGCUGGAAAUGCAGUUAGUGAACAGACAUGCGAUAUGCUGUUUGGUCCUAGAAGUAUCAUUCAGGAAGUUUGGAGAGGAGCAAAUUCACGUCAUUUGGCUUUUUGUACCUGUGCUGUACAUUCCUAUUUCGCUUAUAUUGCUGUAAGUGGGCGUGAAACAAAAGAGGGAACAAUUGGAGUAGUGAUGGCGACGUUACGUAUUUUACAAUUACUGGUAAAACAAUACGACGCUUUGCAUCACUUGAUUCUCAAUGAAAUGCUUCAGAUAAAUGAAUUAUCGUGGAAAGAUAUUCUUCCACAGUUGUUUGCGCGGCUAAAUCAUCCAGUGCGUGCAGUGCGUGACACGCUUUGCACUAUAUUGGAAAGAAUUGCAGCUACAUCACCGCACGCACUUUGCUAUCCGGCAAUAGUUGGUGCCACUCAACCUAUUGUUAUUCACAACGAAUAUGUUGAUAAUGGUGAAGUAGAGAAAAAUGAUUUCGUUGAUGUUAUUGAUGAAGAGAAGAAGAAACGUGCUGACCAGGAUCGAUCACUUAUGUUUGAAUGUUGUCAGCGAAUUGUAACACAAAUGCAGGCAUUGUUCCCUGAACUUGUCAAGGAUGUUACUGAAUUCGUUAAGGAACUUCAAAGGAUUGAUAUGUUGCAUGAGGAGCGCUGGACUUUUGUUUUGACAAAUUUGGAUCUCGAAAUGAAUCGCCGAAUCUUACAAAUUGAGACAGAAAUGAUGAAAACUUUGAUGAAUACACAUUUAAAUGAUGAUGAAAAGAAAGAGAUUAUUCACGAGAAAACAGUUAUAUUUACGUCUUUGGUGUAUCGUAUUGUCGAGGACUUAUAUGAAAAAACAUGCACCAGCACACCUGUGACAGUAAAUGAAAAGCAGUUUCAAGAUACCUAUCUUGCGACUAUUGAAGAAGCCAUGAAAACUCUUCGGAUGAAAAGAUCAGAACCACGCCAGGCUUGGGCUUCAUUUAAACUUUUGUUGACGCAAUUUAACCAGCGGGCAAACAGGCGGUCAUUCGUUUGUCUUCAAAUGGCUGAUAUUGCGCCUCGUCUUACUGCAUUAAAUAAAACACAUGUACCGCUUCCUGGGCAAGAACAUAAAAAUUUUUCCGAUGUUGUGACGCUGGAACGAAUUAGCAAGCAGACGGUAAUAUUACCAACUAAAACGCGACCGAGAAAAGUUAUAUUUCAUGGAUCAGAUGGAAAAGAUUAUCCUUUCCUCUUCAAAGGACAAGAAGAUUUGCACUUGGACGAACGCAUCAUGCAGUUAUUGCGUAUUUGUAAUUUGAUGCUUUUAACAAAGGAAACUGAUUGGCCGUCUUAUGUAGCCGAGAAUUAUUCGGUUAUUCCCCUUGGCUCUCGUUCAGGCCUUAUUGAAUGGGUUGAGGGAGCGACACCUAUCUUUCAAGUUUACCGGAAAUGGCAACUUCGUCAAGCAGCUGAAAAUACCUCAAACCAGAAAAUUAAUGAAGUUGAAAGACCGAGUGCAUUAUUUUUCAAGAAACUCAGGGCAGCUUUCCAAUCUAACAAAAUCCCAAAAGAAUCUAUCACUGAUCGCCAAAAAUGGCCAUUUCUUAUAUUAAAAGGUGUUGUUGAAGAUUUAAUCGAAGAAACUCCUCGAGAUCUUCUGUCGCGGGAGUUGUGGCUUCGAGCUGGUAGCUCAGAUACGUGGUUCCGAGUCACCGAGAGAUUUGCUCGAUCAACAGCAGUUAUGUCAAUAGUAGGCAGCAUACUGGGUCUGGGUGAUCGCCAUUUAGACAACGUUUUGGUUAAUUUUGAAUUUGGACAUGUGGUGCAUAUUGAUUACAAUGUCUGCUUUGACAAAGGACGGAAUUUGCGCGUACCAGAAAUGGUACCAUUCCGUUUGACUGGAAAUAUUGUUCGAGCGCUUGGCCCUACCGAUGUUGAAGGGACUUUUCGGCUCUCUUCUGAAAAUGUGUUAAAAAAACUCCGCGCUGGGAAAGAAAUAUUACUGACGAUAUUGGAUGCAUUUGUUUACGAUCCAUUAGUUGAUUGGGCUGCUGCACAAGAUGAUCUCGGUUCCAGGUCAAUGAUUGGUAUUGCGACAAUCAUUGCUGUUUAUGGAGUAGUAGACAGACAUUCAGAUAUUUUGCAUGCUAUGGCUUUCUCAUUGUUUGCUCUUCGUAUCAAAGAAUUCUCUGCUGCGUGGCUUGAUAACAAAGAUCAUCUUAAACGUAUGCUAGUGUCCGUUGUCAGAAUACUAGGGAAAUUGCACGAAAAUGUUCAAAAAGAUAUGGAAAGUCGAUCUCAGAAUUGGGAAGAGGAGGCAAAUAAACUGGAAAUGGAAAAGCUGUCUAUUGAACGUGAUUUAAAAAACGCAGUUACGGAACAUCAUUCUAUGAUGCAUGAUAUACGUCCUCUGCUUCGUUCCUUCGCUCAUGCAAAAACAGUAUGGCGGAUAUGUCUUACAAAGAAAUUCACUAGUUUAUUUCUUAAGUUUGUCAGAGAAAGCUUAAUGAAUUUAAUGAAUCAGAAGUGUUUAAAUGGAACGAAAAAUGAAUCUUUCGCUAUAUACUUGCAACGAUAUAAAGAAUUAUUCAUUGAGCCACUGAUCAAAGGACUCAAAUUAUUGGAUGAUGCAUACAGUAGUGCAAAUAUAUGCAUCGAUCUUUUCCGGACUGUUAUUGAUAACAUUCCAAGCAUUUACGACAAUUUGUUAUUGUUGCAAAAAGUGAAAGAACGAAUGGGAUUGCCUUUCUGCAGUGGCAGGUCUCCACCGAUGGAACGCCGAGAGGGACAGCAACAACAGAAUAUACACGGUAAGCAUGUUUCGAAGAGAGUACGGAUGAAGUUAGAAGGAAUGAUUGUAAAUGGCACCAAUAAAAACGACAAUGCAAAAAGUGAUGCAAACAUUAUAAGCGAACCGUUAACACCAUCCGAACAGGUUGACUUAUUAAUUCAACAAGCGACAGAUAUAAGUAAUUUGGCAUUGAUGUAUGAAGGAUGGACGGCGUGGGUGUAA